UAUCGCAUUUGUAAACUGACCGUGUCCACUGAACCUCUGAACAACUCUAAUGAACCAGAAAUUGACGAAAUAGAGGCAGCCCUAUCCAACCUGGAGGUGACACUCGAGGCCGGACACACAGACAAAAUUCUGGAAGACAUUACAGACGUCCCAGAGCUGGCAAAUUCCCUCCGACUGUUUAGGCCAAAAAGACUGACGCUGCGCCAAUACAAAGAGUACUGGUUUGUAUUUAAGGACACCACCAUCUCUUACUACAAGAACAAGGAGGCCUCCAGUGGAGAACCAAUAGAGCAGUUUCACCUCCGAG